AUGAAUACACCAGUUUUUGUAUUAAAUACAAAUGCAAAGAGAGAAAAUCAUAAAGAAGCUCAAAAGGGCAUUUUUAUGGCAGUGAAAGCAGUAGCAAGUAUAAUCAAGACAUGUAUGGGCCCAAAGGCAAUGUUAAAGAUGAUUUUGGAUCCAAUGGGAACGACGGUUGUUACCAACGACGGUAAUGCCAUUCUCAGAGAGAUGGACGUGACACAUCCCGCUGCAAAGAGUAUUAUUGAAUUGUCGAGAGCACAAGACGAGAAUGUUGGCGACGGCACAACAUCGGUCGUUAUAUUGAGUGCAGAGGUGUUGUCGGCUGCCGAACCCUUGAUCGAGAAGCUUAUACACCCAACACAGAUCAUCAAGGCCUACAAGAUGGCUUUGGACGACGCACUCCAAUUUAUGGAUCAAUACAGCGUGCAAGUCGACACCAAGAACAGACAAGAGCUGCUCAAGGUGAUCCAAUCGGCGAUUGGCACCAAGUUUAUCGCCCGUUGGAGCAAUUUGAUGUGCGGUUUGGCUUUGGACGCCGUGCAAACAGUGCACAUCCGCGAGGAUGACCGUGAGGAGAUUGAUAUCAAGCGUUAUGUGCGUAUCGAGAAGAUUCCCGGUGGCGAUAUUGCCGACUGUCGUGUGCUCAAGGGUGUCUUGUUGAACAAGGACGUCACACACGCCAAGAUGCGUCGUAUGAUCAAGAACCCCCGUAUCAUCCUUUUGGACUGUGCCCUCGAAUACAAAAAGGGUGAGUCGGACACCAUGGUCGACAUCACCAACGAAGACGACUUUGCCCGUCUCCUCCAGAUCGAGGAAGAGUACGUCGAGCGUAUCUGCAACGACAUUAUCAAGUUGAAGCCAGACCUCGUCUUUACCGAAAAGGGUGUGUCGGAUCUCGCCCAACACCACUUUGUCAAGAAGGGCAUCACCUGUCUUCGUCGUCUCAAAAAGUCAGAGAACAACCGUAUCGCCCGUAUCUCGGGUGCCACGAUUGUCUCGCGUACCGACGAGCUCCAAGAAGCCGACGUCGGUACCGAGUGCGGUCUCUUUGAGAUCCGUAAGAUUGGUGACGAAUACUUUACCUUUUUGGAGGAAUGCAAGAAUCCAAAGGCUUGCACUGUCAUUCUCCGUGGUGCUUCCAAGGAUCUCUUGCACGAAGUCGAUCGUAACCUCCAAGACGCCAUGAGCGUUGCCCGUAACAUCCUCCUCGAUCCACGUCUUGUCCCAGGUGGUGGUGCCAUUGAAAUGGCCAUCUCCCAAGCUCUCUCUAACCGUUCCAAGUCGAUCGAGGGUAUCCACCAAUUCCCAUACAAGGCCGUUGCCAACGCCCUCGAGGUCAUCCCACGUGUACUCAGCAACAACUGUGGUGCCAACACUAUCAAGUUGCUCACUGAACUCCGUGCCAAACAUGCCACCAACCCCACCGCCAACUACACUUGGGGUGUCGACGGUGACAAGGGUGUCAUGGUUGACAUGACUCAACUCGGUAUCUGGGAUACUCACUCUGUCAAAGUCCAAACUUUAAAGACUGCCAUUGAAUCUGCUUGCACUAUGCUUCGUGUUGAUCACAUUGCAUCCGCUGUUUUCCAAACAAGGUGGAGGUCAUGGUCACUAAAAGAAUUAAAUAAAAAAAAAAUAGAUCCUAUAAAUAAACAAAAAAAAAAAAAGAGAAAAAAAAACAAACAAAACAAAACAAAAAAUUAUUACUCUAAAUCACAUCUAUGA